AUGACGACCAACGCGCCUUCGGGUCCAGCGACCGUCUCACACCGCCAAGUGCCGCCGUCUGCCACGCUCGUUCCCAUCGACCUGAAGGUCCAACAAGAGCGACAAAUCCUCUACGACCAACGCAUCAUCUGCGGAUGGAACCACGACAAGAUCCCUAAGUGGGCAGCUGCCAUUGAAGCCGGCACUCGAAGCUUCUUCUGGAUCUGCCUCGCGCCUGACGCCUCANAAAACAUUCCUACCUUCACCCGCGACGCCGACACUCAUAUGCCUGUCGGCCACGUAUCACUGGACAAAGUGGACAUCACCGAGCCAGAUGCCAUACCGGACGCGACACUUGCCGACCCUGAANAGGGCGUGCUCACCAUAACCAGUCUGUUUGUCCUGCCUGCCUUCCACAGAUCUGGCUUGGGUGCCUUUGCUAUGGACGAGUGCGAACGCCUUGCUCGUAUCCCGCCUUUCGGCGCCGAGAACAUCACUGCUCUCACAGUCAACACCUUGAGUCCGCGCUACUGCGUUGGAGGUGUCGAAGGUCCUGAUGGUCUGGGUCAAUGGGAGAAAGAGGCAGGGCAACAGAGGCCUGUCCCUCAGAACAACAUGCUCUGGUAUAAGAAGAAAGGCUAUGUGCCAUACAAGGACGAGGCUCCAAGAUACACAAGUCAGGGCAAGCAAGGAGAGACUCUGUGGUGGUAUGCUUGUUUCAUGAGGAAAGAGCUGCACUAG